AUGCUUAGAAAUUAUAAAUAAUAAGAAUUUAAAAUAACUUUAUUAGCACAUCCAAAAAGGGGAUAAUCAAGAGAUUCUUUUUCUAUGAUCGAACCCUAUGUAGUGACUCCAAUCUUCACAGAAUUCAGUGAUCGUAAGCUGAUAGUUCCUAUGAAUUAUUGCACUAUAUUAUAAUGAG